CGGGCCCCACUGGCCCCGCCUCCUCACUUCGUCUCUAUAAAAACACCGGCUCCAGCAGCCAACCGCAGCCUGACUUCAGCGCUCCCACUUUUGGCCGACUUCUCAGCCCAUCGGCCGUUCGCGCCGCCAUGGAUCUCGCCGCCAUCUACGAGAGCCUCCUGUCGCUGAGCCCUGACCUGCCAUCUGACCACGGAGAGACUGAGUCCAGCCCAGGCUGGGCCUCCUCCGGGCUCUGGAGCCUCAGCUCUUCCGACAACAGCCCGGCUGGGGUCGGUGCCCGUCCGCCUGGCCGCUCCACCAGCCUGGUGGAGGGUCGAAGCUGUGGCUGGGUCCCGCCACCCCCAGGCUUCGCACCCCUGGCGCCCCGCCCAGGCCCUGAACUGUCACCCUCGCCCACCUCACCCACUGCGACCCCCACCACCUCAUCCCGCUACAAGACUGAGCUAUGUCGGACCUUCUCAGAGAGCGGGCGCUGCCGCUACGGGGCUAAGUGCCAGUUUGCCCACGGACUGGGCGAGCUGCGCCAGGCCAGUCGCCACCCCAAGUACAAGACAGAACUCUGCCACAAGUUCUACCUCCAGGGCCGCUGCCCCUACGGCUCACGCUGCCACUUCAUCCACAACCCCAGCGAGGAUCUGGCUGUCCCAGGCCACCCCCAUGUGCUUCGCCAGAGCAUCAGCUUCUCAGGCCUGCCCUCCGGCCGCAGACCAUCACCGCCACCAGCCGGCCUGGCAGGCCCCUCCCUGUCCUCAUGCUCCUUCUCUCCCUCCAGCUCCCCACCGCCACCACCUGGGGACCUUCCGCUUUCACCCUCUGCUUUCUCUGCUGCCCCUGGGACCCCUGUGGCCCGAAGAGACCCCACCCCAGCCUGUUGCCCCUCCUGCCGAAGGGCUACGCCGGGUAGCGUCUGGGGGCCCUUGGGUGGCCUGGCUCGGAGCCCCUCUGCACACUCCCUGGGAUCUGAUCCUGAUGAAUAUGCCAGCAGUGGCAGCAGCCUGGGGGGAUCCGACUCCCCCGUCUUCGAGGCUGGGGUUUUUGGGCCACCUCAGCCACCUGCAGCCCCCCGGCGCCUCCCCAUCUUCAAUCGAAUCUCUGUUUCUGAGUGAUAAGUGCCUGCCCGGUACAGAUCAGCUGGAUCUCAAGGGGGCCAUUUCUGUUUUGCUGUGGGCUCCACAGGGGCCCUGGGGCUGUGGGGAACUGGGGGACUCAGUCAAGUAGCCUCCCCCCCCCCAACUUCCAAAGUGCAUUAACCCACUCCCCUGACCCCACGCUGGGGCGGGUCCCCAGUGUGCAAGCUCGGUGUUCAUGGUGUUGGGGGCAGGAGUGUUUUCUGGGUCCUGUAAAAAAAAAAAAAUGUAGCAGAUUUGAGGAAGGCAGUGAGCCCUCUACCCGCCCCUCUUUCCCAAUGCUGUGAAUAAUAGGCUCCUACUGCUCCCCCCUCCCCAUUU